UCAGCCCAGCUUCCUCAAACCAGCUUCUUCCGUUGUUUUUAACAUGGGCACAACACCACGCUAGUGAGAUACUUCCCUAAGACAACUGUUUUUAAACAUUAGCACACCGAGAAUGCCAAGGAAAAAGAAAAACGGCCAAAGCCCGGCCAGAGUACCCGGGUUGUCAAACGACAACUACUACCGAAUACCGGGAACGAGUGACGGCGCGCCGCUGUCGAGAAGUGAAUUCAACACCGGGACUAACUCUCACGACUACGGUAGUACUAAUAUGCUCGUUUCGACAAACUCAGGAGGCAUCUCGGCUACUUCUCAGGACAAGGACGAGAUCGUGAAGACCAUGAAGGAGAUGUUUUGCCACCUGGAUCCGGAAGUUCUUUACAUUGUGUUGGCCGAGUGUGACUUCAAAGUUGAGAAUGCGAUGGAUUCUCUCCUGGAGCUGUCUGUAGCAGCUGAGCAUGUUGGCCCCCUCCCUCCCCUCCUCUCCGGGUUUGAGCUUACCGCAGCUCUCCUCAGCCCCCAACACAACUCCUCCAAACCAGACCUUCACCCCCACCUUCCUACGGGGGAGUCCGCUGUCCCCCUCUCCCCUCCCCGACGGGCCCUUCCUCUCCGCAGCGAAGAUAACCAGGACCUAACCACUGACUUGACAGAAGAGUUUGAUGUUCUGAUCGACCGUGAGCUGGAGAAUCUUACCAUACAGCAGGAAGCUGAAGAGAGGGACCACGGUGAUCUUCACUCCUCCUCCUCUUCCUCAUCCGUCUCUUCCCUCUCCUUCCUCGUUCAGCCCGCGGACGCCCAGCAGCAGGCCCUACCCCAGACGCUUCAGUCCAGCCCAAGAGCCUCCAGGAGGGGGCUCCCAGGGGACCAGCCAUGCCCAGACAGGGUGUUCUCAGCUGGACAGGCUCGCGGACCUCACUCCCCUGUCUCUGACCUGAGCCUCAACUUCUCUGGAGGAGCAGCCGGUUACCGGCGGCAACGGUUAUUACUGGACUUCAGCCAUCUGACUUCGUCGCCGUCCGGGACGGACAGAACUAAACCCAGCCUGCCGUUGGACCCAGGGGCCUCCGAUCGCCCCUCUGCAUUCCAGGCAUACAGGAAACUGGACCAGUUCACGGUUCGUCCAGAGGGCGAGCGGACCGUACCACCAGGCGGCGUAGCAGAGGGGGCGAGGACGAAGACGAGCGUCGCAGGGGAAGAAGAGGUACUCAACAACCCGUCGUUCUGGAACACUCGAGCGCCUGAGUUCCAACCACAUGGAAAUCGGGCAACGGGGCCGGCAUUUAUCGUCCCUGUGGCGCUAAGCCCCUCCUCCUGGCACACCCGGGCCACACCCGCCUCCCACUGGUUGGCCCAGGGCCCUGUCGGUCAAGUCCCGACCGUCCCCAGGUCUUGGACAGGGGGUGUGUCUGCUGGCCCCAGAGCACCCCUCCUCUCUGGGCAACAUGGUAGGCUCCGGCUGGAGGGGCGUGUCCUAGUGCUGCUACGGGGAGCUCCUGGGUCGGGCAAGUCCACCCUGGCCCGGGCCAUGCUGGAACAGAACCCACAUGGGGUGGUGUUGAGCACCGAUGAUUAUUUCUGUCGUCAUGGGGACUAUCGCUAUGACCCCUCAGCUUUAGGGGAGGCCCACGAAUGGAACCACGCUAGAGCCCAGGAAGUGAUGGAGGCCUCUUUCUCUCCUGUUAUUAUUGACAACACCAACAUGCAGGUCUGGGAGAUGAAACCCUACGUAACUAUGGCUCUGAGGCACAACUACAAGGUUUUGUUCCGGGAGCCUAGUACCUGGUGGAAGAACAAACCCAGGGAACUGGAGAGACGUACAAGGCACAGUGUUAAAGCAGAGAAGAUCCGUUGGAUGAUGGAAAAUUAUGAUCGUCACGUGACCAUUCACUCCAUCAUGGGGAGCUCUCACCCCAAUCUACCCCCCCUUUACGCCCCAACACGACCCCCUCAUCACGACGCCAAACUACCCCCCCAACAGGACCCAACACGACCCCCCCAUCACGACACCAAACUACCUCCCCAACAGGACCCAAGCCCACCCCAUCACGACGCCAAACUACCCCCCAACAGGACCCAAGCCCACCCCAUCAGGAGGCCAAACUACCCCCCAACAGGACCCAAGCCCACCCCAUCAGGAGGCCAAACUACCCCCAACAGGACCCAAGACCCAAGCCCACCCCAUCAGGAGGCCAAACUACCCCCCCAACAGGACCCAAGCCCACCCCACCAGGAGGCCAAACUACCCCCCAUCAGGAGGCCAAACUACCCCCCAGCAGGAGGCCAAACUACCCCCCAGCAGGAGGCCAAACUACCCCCCAACAGGACCCAAGCCCACCCCAUCAGGAGGCCAAACUACCCCCCAACAGGACCCAAGCCCACCCCAUCAGGAGGCCAAACUACCCCCCAGCAGGACCCAAGCCCACCCCAUCAGGAGGCCAAACUACCCCCCAGCAGGACCCAAGCCCACCCCAUCAGGAGGCCAAACUACCCCCCAGCAGGAGGCCAAACUACCCCCCAACAGGACCCAAGCCCACCCCAUCACAACACCAAACUACCCCCCAGCAGGACCCAAGCCCACCCCACCAGGAGGCCAAACUACCCCCCAACAGGACCCAAGCCCACCCCACCAGGAGGCCAAACUACCCCCCAGCAGGACCCAAGCCCACCCCACCAGGAGGCCAAACUACCCCCCAGCAGGACCCAAGCCCACCCCAUCAGGAGGCCAAUCUACCCCCCAGCAGGACCCAAGCCCACCCCAUCACGACGCCAAACUACCCCCCAACAGGACCCAAGCCCACCCCAUCAGGAGGCCAAACUACCCCCCCAACAGGACCCAAGCCCACCCCAUCAGGAGGCCAAACUACCACCCCAACAGGACCCAAGCCCACCCCAUCAGGAGGCUAGCCCGUCACAGCCCAAGUCCUCAGACAAGGCCCGCCGUGACCUGGUAGGAGAGCAGCGAUUGGUCCAGGGCUCUGAGAGGUCCUGCCCCCAGCUCUUCUCCUGGCUUCCCGACGUGUCGUCAGUCGGCCGCUCCGGCAGAGCCAUAACCCCGGGUCACAGCUCUGCCCACGGCUCCACAGAGUCCCUCGGUGAAAAGGAAAAAUGUGGAAUUCUGGACAAUUCUAAAAUUCUGGAUGAGGAGGAUAUUCUUGAUUUAGGAGCGGUGGCCUUUGACCCGGAAGCUCCGUGGCAACCGGACGACGAGGGGAACAGGGGGGAGGGAGAGACAGGAAUUCCCCACUGUCUGGUGGAGGCUGUGUUUAGGGCAGAUUUCCACGGUGACGACGAGAGGCCCGUGGCUUUCUCCGAGUCGAUUGGUCAGAGGGUGAGGAAAGAGAGGAGGAGUAGAACUAGGAAGACGGACUCUGAUAGGCUGGAGCCUGCUGUCAUAGUGAAGGACGCGAGCCAAUCAGUGAGCGAGGGGGAUGGAGAGAGAGAGGAUGGAGGAGGGAAGUUGGUGGGAGAGAGGGUGAGGGAUGGGGGAGAGAGGGUGAGGGAUGGGGGAGAGAGGGUGAGGGAUGGGGGAGAGGGUGAGGGAUGGGGAGAGAGGGUGAGGCCUGAGUUGUUGGAGUUUGUUGGAGACUGGCCUUCAGAGGAGGUACUGGAGCAAAGAAGAGGAGGAGGAGGAAGGAAUGGAAGGCACGCUGGAAGGGAGGGAGAGAGAGGUGGUGAGGGGGAGGAGGCAGAUCCCAGAGGCAGCCAAUCAGAAGGGCAUCCUGGUCGCGGGCCUCAUGUCACAGAGUUCCAGAAGCUUCUAGAGCUCUUACAGACAGGUGUUGACUCCUUCCCCCUGCCCACCUGCCCCUCCCCCGUCCCCUCCCUUAGCUCAGACCGUUCCCUUGGAGAAGGAGGAGAGAGGGGUGAGGCAGGAGGGAGGAGAGGGGAGGCUGAUAAAGACAGAGUCCUGAGUCGGGAGGAAUUACCUGACUGUGUGUUGGCUAACCCUAACUCAACCCAGGUGGUUGGAUCCAACACCGUGGAGCAGAGGGAGGGAGAGACCAUUCAGGCUGCCGGAGAGGGGGGGACUCGGGGUUUAGUUGAGAAAGACUUGUUGGAGGUAGGAGGAAGCCAUCUUGGUAAGGUCAGUCAGUGUACUGAUAGUGACAGCCAUGUUGGUGAGGUCAGUCAGUGUACUGACGCUAGUGAGACCAGGAUGGAAGGUGAAGUCGGCCAUCUUGGUCGGGGCAGUCAGUGUACUGAUAGUGACAGCUAUAUUGUUGAGUACAGUGUGGAAGCUGGUGAAGGCAGCCAUGUUGGUGAGGUCAGUCAGUGUACUGACGCUAGUGAGACCAGGAUGGAAGGUGAAGUCGGCCAUCUUGGUGGGGGCAGUGAGGAGCAGAGGCAGAGUCACAGGGCUGAGAAACAGUGCAAGCUGGCGCUCACCUUCACAAACCACACCCCUCCCUCCCCCAAACCACAGACAGACUCAGACCUCGACCCUAACUCUGACCUCGACCCUAAUCUCGACUCAGACCUCAACCCUAAUCUCGACUCUGACCUUGCCCCUGACCUUAACCCUAACUCAGACCUCAACCCUAAUCUCGACUCUGACCUCGACCCUAAUCUCGACUCUGACCUCGACCCUAAUCUCGACUCUGACCUCGACCCUGACCUUAACCCUAACUCUGACCUUGCCCCUAAUCUCGACUCUGACCUCGACCCUAACCUUAACCCUAACUCUGACCUUGCCCCUAAUCUCGACUCUGACCUUGCCCCUAAUCUCGACUCUGACCUCGACCCUAACCUUAACCCUAACUCUGACCUUGCCCCUAAUCUCGACUCUGACCUUGCCCCUAAUCUCGACUCUGACCUCGACCCUAACCUUAACCCUAACUCUGACCUUGCCCCUAAUCUCGACUCUGACCUCGACCCUAACCUUAACCUUAACUCUGAUUUUGCCCCUAAUCUCGACUCUGACCUCGACCCUAACCUUAACCCUAACUCUGACCUUGCCCCUAAUCUCGACUCUGAUCUCGACCCGAACCUCGACCUUAACCCUAACCUCGACUCUGACCUUGCCCCUGACCUUAACCCUAACUCUGACCCUAAUCUCGACUCUGAUCUCGACCCAAACCUCGACCUUAACCCUAACCUCGACUCUGACCUUGCCCCUGACCUUAACCCUAACUCUGACCUUGACCCUAAUCUCGACUCUGAUCUCGACCCAAACCUCGACCUUAACCCUAACCUCGACUCUGACCUUGCCCCUGACCUUAACCCUAACUCUGACCUUGCCCCUAAUCUCCACUCUGACCUUGCCCCUAAUCUCCACUCUGAUCUCGACCCUAAUCUCCACUCUGAUCUCGACCCUAAUCUCGACUCUGACCUUAACCCUAAUCUCCACUCUGAUCUCGACCCUAAUCUCGAUUCUGAUCUCGACCCUAACCUCGACCCUAACCUCAAACCUGACCUCAACCCUAAUCUCGACUCUGACCUUAACCCUAACCUUAACCCUGACCUCGACUCUGACCUUAACCCUAACCUCAACCCUGACCUCGACUCUAUCCUUAACCCUAACCUCGAUCUCAACCCUAACCUCAGCCUUAACCCUAACCUCAACCCUGACCUCAAACCUAACCUCGACCCUGUUCUUAACCCUAACCUCGAUCUCAACCCUAACCUCAGCCCUAACCUCGACCCCGACCUCUACCCUAAUCUCAACCCUGACCUCUACCCUAACCCCCACCGCCCCUCCCCUCCUCCGUCAUUGGCCGACACAGAUCGCUCCUCCCAGACCGACCCGCAAGACUUCGCCUUCCUCUGGCGUCUCGACCACAAUCGUCGCGACAACCCAACCGGGGCCGCGGGAUACCACUUUCCCCCUAACAACACCCUCGCCAUUCUCCACGGCAACCCUUCCCGUUUCCUCCCAGAGGUCUCGGCGGCGGUCUCGGCGGGCGUUGCGGUUCACCCCUCCGGCCAGCGCGUGGUGCCGUACCGUGUGACGCACGAGAAGGGGAGCCAGGUGGAGGAGAGGGAGCUGGAGGAGGGCCGGACCAGACAGCAGAACCUCGUCAUUCUCAGGCGCCAUUUUAAACUGGUCAACAGACACACUCUGGAGGACCUCUAUGACAAGUGUCAGCAGGAUCUGGAGUGGACCAGUAAUCUGUUGCUAGACUCUGGAGAGAGACUGUUCCUCGAGGAAGAGGAUGAUGAUGAAGAAGAGGGUGAUGAAGAUCUGGACAUGGCCGUAGGUGUGGGGCUGGAGGAGAGGACAGAAAGGCGGGUUACGCCCCCAGGAGAGCAGGCUUCGGCCUCCAGCGGUUCUGGUAGUGAGGCGGUUGUUGUAUUGGGAAGAAGGGAGGAGGAAGAGGAGGCGUGGAGGACAGGAGGGGGCGUGGACGAAGGGUUAGGGGGGGUUAGUGGACUGAACCAUCCGGUGUGUGGGGGCGGGGGCGGCUCAGAGGAACAUAACACCCCCUUGGGAGAGUCCACUCGUCUGGAGCACAGACCACCAGGAAGAGAUGCGGCGGAGCAGGAAGUGGUUCGGGACUCGGAGGGCGGAGCUGGCGCAGAGCAGUGGGAGAAAUGGGAGAGGGAGGUGGAGGAGGGAGACGAGGAGCUGUAUUGCGUAGACGAGGUGACCCAGUCGCUCCUCGCCCAGCUGGAGGAGAUGGAGAGGAGAGAGGAAGAGGAGGAGAGGAAAGGGAGGAUGGAGAAGGAGAAGAGGAGGGACAGACUCGUGGACAUCCAGAGUGUUGAACUGAAGCUGCCUACAGAACUGGCUCUGCAGCUGGUUGAGCUGUUUGGCCCUGUCCUACCAGGUGUGUGUUCUCCUGAUGACUACUCUGUGAGGAUGGACCUCAACAUGGCCAGACUGCUGCACCAGAAAUGGAAGGACACUGUCCAGGAGAAGCAGAGACAAGCAGCACUCUCCUACCAUCUACUACAAGAGAGCUCUGUCCACUGGGGCGAAUCACAGACGGCCAAAACCGGGCUCAGGGACGGGUCACGCCCAGCUCACUUCCUGAUUGGUCCAGACGGCUUUGCGUCUCCGAGCGGCCAAUCGGAGGCUCGGGAUGAGUUGCCAAUCCUGGACCACUGGAGUGUGUCCCGCCCUCAUGUCUCUCUCAGAGACAUCAUGACUGAAGAGCGGGCUCUACAGGAGAACAUGGAGAGGUCUGGUCCAGGUGGUGUUAACAGGAGAGAUGGAGCUGCCAUGAUGAAAGAGUCUCAGCUGUUUGACCUGUUCCCCAGCAUGGACAGACACUUCCUACAGGACAUCUUCAGAGACCACAAUUACUGUCUGGUGCAGACAGAGCAGUUUCUGAGGUCUAUGUUGGACGAGGGCCCUGUGAGAAACGUUGUGGCCCCAGAGCACACCCCCCGUACUCAGAGCAAGGAUCGAGACAAGAGGCGUGCAGCAGCAGCACCAGUGGCCCCUCCACAGUCCCUCUCUCAGUACCAGGAUGUGGAGGACCCAGAAUAUGAGGACUACCGGGCCGAGGCCAGGCUGCAGAGAGGCAGGCAGCUGGAGAGCUUCAGCAAGGCUGCAGAGGCUUACAGACAGGGACGCAGAGAUGUAGCCUCCUACUAUGGACAACAGGGUCAUCUCCAUGGUCAGAAGAUGCAUGAAGCCAAUCACCGAGCGGCGUCCCAGAUCUUUGAGCGGGUCAACUCCUCCCUGCUGCCUCAGAACGUUCUAGACCUCCACGGACUGCAUGUCGACGAGGCCUUACUCCACCUGUCACAGGUGUUAGAGAGCAAGACCACAGAGUGUCGGCAGGGUGUGUGUAGGUCUCAGCUGUCAGUUAUAACAGGAAGAGGGAACCACAGCCAGGGAGGAGUGGCUCGUAUCCGCCCUGCUGUCAUAGACUACCUCAACACACAGGGCUACAGGUUUACUGAGCCUAAGCCAGGUCUGUUGCUGGUGUGUCUGAACUGAGAUGAAGCUGUCAUGUGACUGACUGUCCUUAUCAAGACACUACAGUCUCCUCCCCCUCUCCCCUGGAAUCUACCUCUACCACUUCCUCUCUCACAUACACAAAAAACACACCAUCCCUCUCUCUCUCUCUGUCUCUCUCUCUCUCUCUCUCUGUCUCUCUCUCUGUCUCCCUCUCUUUCUCUCUCUGUCUCUAACAAUUAUUUUAAUAGCUGCUGAAGAAAUUGUCUUAAUCUAUUUUUAUGUCUUCACUGUUGCCAUGUUUGUACAAUAUUUGUGUUUUUGUAUGAAACUUUAUCAGGAUUUACAAACAAUGACAGAGCAAGAGUUCAUUUUAAAUUAUAUUAAAUGUAGAUUUUUAGAUUUUAUAAAACCAUGUCAAUCUAAGUGUAUAUCAUUUAUCUUAACAUGAUGUUUCUGUAAUGGUGAAUGUGUGGGGUUAUUUACAUUUUAAGAGAAGUUAUAUCAUUUUAUAUCAUUUUAAGAGAAGAUAUCUAGAAGAUAUACAUUAGAUCAGAAGUGAUAACCGGGCCGUUUAUACAUUAGAUCAGAAGUGAUAUCUGGCCCGUUUAUACAUUAGAUCAGAAGUGAUAUCUGGGCCGUUUAUACAUUAGAUCAGAAGUGAUAUCUGGCCCGUUUAUACAUUAGAUCAGAAGUGAUAUCUGGGCCGUUUAUACAUUAGAUCAGAAGUGAUAUCCGGGCCGUUUAUACAUUAGAUCGAAGAGUAUUGACAGUGUUGACAGAAACUUUGUUUGGUUUUGUUCUACUUUAUGACUGUCCCAAAUGGCCCCCUAUUCUCUAUAGAGGGAAUCCAAAUGGCCCCCUAUUAUCUAUAUAAGGGAAUCCUAAUGGCCCCCUAUUAUCUAUAUAAGGGAAUCCUAAUGGCCCCCUAUUCCCUAUAGAGGGAAUCCAAAUGGCCCUCUAUUCUCUAUAUAGGGAAUCCAAAUGGCCCCCUAUUCUCUAUAGAGGGAAUCCAAAUGGCCCCCUAUUAUCUAUAUAAGGGAAUCCUAAUGGCCCCCUAUUCCCUAUAGAGGGAAUCCAAAUGGCCCUCUAUUCUCUAUAUAGGGAAUCCAAAUGGCCCCCUAUUCUCUAUAGAGGGAAUCCAAAUGGCCCUCUAUUCCCUAUAGAGGGAAUCCAAAUGGCCCUCUAUUCUCUAUAUAGGGAAUCCUAAUGGCCCCCUAUUCUCUAUAGAGGGAAUCCAAAUGGCCCUCUAUUCUCUAUAUAGGGAAUCCAAAUGGCCCCCUAUUCUCUAUAGAGGGAAUCUAAAUGGCCCUCUAUUCUCUAUAUAGGGAAUCCAAAUGGCCCUCUAUUCUCUAUAUAGGGAAUCCAAAUGGCCCUCUAUUCUCUAUAGAGGGAAUCCAAAUGGCCCUCUAUUCUCUACAGAGGGAAUCCAAAUGGCCCACCAAUUCUCUAUAGAGGGAAUCCAAAUGGCCCUCUUCUCUAUAUAGGGUUAGGGCCUGACUCCUAAAGGGUUAGGUUUAGGGACUGACUCCUAAAGGGUUAGGGACUGACUCCUAAAGGGUUAGGGACCGACUCCUAAAGGGUUAGGGACCGACUCCUAAAGGGUUAGGGUUAGGGACUGACUCCUAAAGGGUUAGGGACUGACUCCUAAAGGGUUAGGGACUGACUCCUAAAGGGUUAGGGACUGACUCCUAAAGGGUUAGGGUUAGGGACUGACUCCUAAAGGGUUAGGGACUGACUCCUAAAGGGUUAGGGUUAGGGACUGACUCCUAAAGGGUUAGGGACUGACUCCUAAAGGGUUAGGGACUGACUCCUAAAGGGUUAGGGACCGACUCCUAAAGGGUUAGGGACUGACUCCUAAAGGGUUAGGGACCGACUCCUAAAGGGUUAGGGACUGACUCCUAAAGGGUUAGGGACUGACUCCUAAAGGGUUAGGGACUGACUCCUAAAGGGUUAGGGACUGACUCCUAAAGGGUUAGGGACUGACUCCUAAAGGGUUAGGGACCGACUCCUAAAGGGUUAGGGACUGACUCCUAAAGGGUUAGGGACUGACUCCUAAAGGGUUAGGGUUAGGGACUGACUCCUAAAGGGUUAGGGUUAGGGACUGACUCCUAAAGGGUUAGGGACUGACUCUUAAAGGGUUAGGGUUAGGGACUGACUCCUAAAGGGUUAGGGACGGACUCCUAAAGGGUUAGGGUUAGGGACUGACUCCUAAAGGGUUAGGGACUGACUCCUAAAGGGUUAGGGUUAGGGACUGACUCCUAAAGGGUUAGGGUUAGGGACUGACUCCUAAAUGGUUUAGGAACUGACUCCUAAAGGGUUUAGGGACUGACUCUUAAAGGGUUAAGUUUAGGGACUGACUCCUAAAAGAGAAUUGUAGGCUACCAAAGGAAAGUGUAUAUUUUUAUUUUCAUAAUUGUUGAUCAUUUUCUUAUGUAUUUUUUAAAUAUUUUUUUUACAAAUUAUAUUUCAAUAAAUAAUAUUGUCUGUUCACUUUUGGAACACAAUCAAAUCAAGUCUG